AAUGUAUUAAGAACAUACAAUUAAGUAAUCACACUUCAUUAAUAUCUAAGUGGAGACAUGAAUGAAAUAAAAAGAAGAAGAAUGAAUGAAUUACAACCUAAAAUACAUAUCUAUAAAUAAAUUUAAGCAAGUGUAUCUGUUAUUGAAGAUGCAAAAUAAUUAAUUGGUUUGGGUGGAUCUUCAGAUGAAAUAUCAAUGUUAAAUGAAGAAAUUUAAGUAUUAAAUAUUAUAAUUAAAUUUAGACAUAAAUUGAAUAUCUAAAGAAAUAUUAGGAUGAAGCACUUACAUAAUUGAUAGAAUAAGAUGAAUAUGAUCACAUAAGAUAACUUAAUGUAGAAGUGAGAGCAGGUGUUGGAGGUAGUGAAGGUUCAUUAUUUGCUGAAGAUAUUAUUGGAAUGAUAUAGAAUUAUGCUAGUCUUUAAAAUUGGGAUUGUAGAGUAAUUUUAUAAUUUUAUUAUAAGGUAAUAUCAAUACAAAAAGAUACUUAGAUUGGUAAAGGUUGUAAAACAGGUAUUCUAUAAAUAACUGGUGAUAAUGUAUAUUAGUAAUUAAAGUGUGAAUCUGGAGUACAUAAAGUUAUUAGAGUUCCAGAAACAGAAGCUAAGGGUAGAUUACAUUCAAGUACAGCCUCUAUGAUUGUACUUCCAAAAGUAACAGAUAACUUUCAUUUAAGUGAUAAAGAUUUAAAAUAUGAAUUUAUGAAAGCAAGUGGACCAGGUGGUUAACAUGUUAAUAAAACUGAAAGUGCUUGUAGAAUCACUCAUAUUCCAACUGGAAUUUAAGUUGUAAAUAUGGAAGAUAGAAGUUAAGAGAGAAAUAAAUAAAGAGCAUAUUAAAUAUUAAGAGAUAAAUUAUUUGCUAUUCAUGUAUAAGAGAAAUAAGAAAGAAUGGCUUAAUCUAGAAAAAGUUAAGUUGCUGGAUCUGAUAGAAGUGAUAAAAUAAGAACAUAUAAUUUUCCAUAAGAAAGAAUAACUGAUCAUAGAACUAAUUUAACAAUGUAUGGUAUGGAAAAAAUGUUAUCUGGAGAAUUAUUAGGAGAAUUCAUCUAAAAAUAUUAAGAGAAAAUUCAUAAUGCAAAAUUAUAAGAUUUAUUAGAUGAAUUAUCAAAUGAAAAUAAGAAAUGAU